AUGUCGAUUGACGAAACUCCUCUGGGCACUGCUCCCUAUGAACGCCGCAACUCGCUGGAGAAACACCUCCAAACCCGACCGGACCCGCAGGACCUCAAGGACCGUCACAUUCUUCUGAGCACCAAUGUAGCCCCAUCUCUUCAAGCCGCUCAUCAGGAACUCGCCCGCCAGCGCGCUUCCGACGAACUGAAAAAGAACCUGGGGAAGAGGCCUGGACGGGAAGAGCUCGUGGAGCGCAAUAUCCUCCCUUCCACGAACGCAGCCCCGGCUCUGCAAGCCCAGGCUCGCGAACUCGAGCGUCACAUGCUCGCCGAUAAUCUGGAGCACAAAAUUCAGAAUCGCCCGGACCCAGAGGAGCUGAUUUCUCAAGGAAUCCUCGAGGAAGACGAGAACCCGCGCUCUACUUAG